CGUGAAUGUAUCUCCAUCCAUCUUGGCCAAGCUGGAGUGCAAAUUGGCAACGCUUGUUGGGAGCUUUACUGCCUGGAACAUGGAAUCCAGCCUGAUGGCCAGAUGCCCUCAGACAAGACAAUCGGUGGAGGAGAUGAUUCCUUCAACACCUUCUUUAGCGAGACUGGUGCUGGCAAACAUGUGCCUAGGGCAGUCUUUGUUGAUCUGGAGCCUACUGUUGUAGAUGAAGUGCGAACUGGCACCUACCGCCAACUGUUCCAUCCAGAGCAGCUGAUCACCGGCAAGGAAGAUGCGGCCAACAAUUAUGCCCGUGGUCACUACACCAUUGGUAAAGAGAUUGUCGACCUGGUUCUUGACCGCAUCAGGAAGUUGGCUGACCAGUGCACUGGUCUACAGGGUUUUCUCAUCUUCCAUUCCUUCGGAGGUGGAACUGGCUCUGGCUUUACAUCCCUGCUCAUGGAACGUCUGUCUGUAGACUACGGCAAGAAAUCCAAGCUGGAGUUCUCUAUCUACCCAGCUCCUCAGGUAUCCACUGCUGUGGUUGAACCUUACAACUCCAUCUUGACAACACAUACAACACUGGAGCACUCAGACUGCGCUUUCAUGGUGGACAAUGAGGCCAUAUACGACAUUUGCCGUCGUAACCUGGACAUCGAGCGCCCCACCUACACCAACCUGAACCGUCUGAUUGGCCAGAUCGUGUCCUCCAUCACUGCAUCCCUGAGGUUUGAUGGUGCCCUUAAUGUGGAUCUGACAGAGUUCCAGACCAACUUGGCUUACCACGAACAGCUAUCUGUUGCCAAAAUUACUAAUGCCUGCUUUGAGCCAGCCAAUCAGAUGGUGAAAUGUGACCCCCGUCAUGGCAAGUACAUGGCCUGCUGUAUGUUGUACCGAGGUGACGUUGUCCCCAAGGAUGUUAAUGUCGCUAUUGCCACUAUCAAGACCAAACGUACCAUUCAGUUUGUGGACUGGUGUCCCACAGGAUUCAAAGUUGGUAUCAACUAUCAACCUCCCACUGUGGUGCCCGGAGGUGACCUGGCGAAGGUCCAGAGAGCCGUCUGCAUGUUAAGCAACACUACAGCUAUUGCCGAGGCCUGGGCUCGUCUCGACCACAAAUUUGAUCUGAUGUAUGCCAAGCGGGCUUUUGUCCACUGGUACGUUGGGGAAGGUAUGGAGGAAGGUGAGUUCUCUGAGGCCCGUGAAGACUUGGCAGCUCUGGAGAAAGACUACGAAGAGGUGGGUGUUGAUUCGGUCGAGCCGGGUGAAGAUUGGGAAGAUAAAGCGUACUAG